GGGAUUGACGGCGGUGAGCUGAGGUGCGUCCUCUGUUCCGACCAGUCCCCGCCUCAGCCCCUGCCAGCAUCCGCCCCACUUCAGCGGUCGCCAAUGAGAGGCGCCGCCUGCUGCGGCGCGCGGUCAGUUUGAAAGGGGAGGCCCCGCCACGGCAGGCGGGAACGGGUACUGUACCCGGGCCGAUGGAGACGGGGGCAGCCGUGCCCGGGAGAGCAGCUUGCCGCUCAGCGGCCGUGGUGCUGUGGGGAUGCGUGGGCCUUGCAUCCUGGCCGUGCUUCAGCGUGGCGCAGUGUCACAGGCAGCUUAGUUUUACAGCCCAUCUUUGUUGUGACAUCUGCCAGACUGGUGGCCUCUCCAUUUCUUCAGCUGACUGGACCAGAAGUAAAGGGCAACAUGAGAAAACACAUUCUUUAAACAACAUUUCCCACCCUAUCUCAGUUCAGAGGUAAUCUGUUGUAAAACACUGGGUUUUCCUUUCUAAGAAGCCUGGAAAUUAAAAUGUGUGUGGAAAGAAAUGCAAACGUUGGCAUUCUCAGAAUCAAAGAAUGCUCUGGGUCAAAAAGAGUCUUACGGACAGCCUAGUCCCAACCUUCUGCUAUGACUGGUUGUCUCCAUCAUCCUUCAUCUUGUUUAUAACCUUCCCUCAAGUACUGGAAGGCCUCGAUGAGGUCUCCCCAGGACCUUCUUCAGGCUGAACAAACCCUGCUCCCUCAACCUUUCUUCAUAGGAGAGGUGCUCCGGCCCUCUCGUAAUCUUUGUGGCCCUCCCCUGGACCCACUCUAACAGCUCUGCAUCCUUCUCAUGCUGGGGUCCCAAGCCUGGAUGCAGUACUGCAGAAGAGUACUACAAUGACAGAUCCUUCAAUGGUGGAUCAUGUGGCCCAGCUAAAAUUCAAACUCCUAGAAAAGAGACUAGAAAAUGAACAGAAGAACAUAGAGAAGAUAGAAUCGCCUCUCCCUACAGCAAGCAACAGACAUGAGGAUAUGCUUCAAAGUGCCUUGAAGCGGAGGAAAAAUCUCUUACAGGAACUUAGGGAGCAGCACCUUCUGGAGGAGCUGUCACAGCCUUCUGUACCAGCUAGGAGACACUAUACAAACUACAGUGCUGGUUGCCCACACAUCUGCCAGAUACCUUUUCCAGCACCUCAAGCUGAAACACCAAGGAUUAUCCAACAGGCGAUGCCUCCUCAGCCUGCCACUAUCAUCCAGCAGCUCCCACAGCCUCCCCCACUGAUUGCACAGAUCCCCCCUGCCCAGCCUUUUGCUCAUCCUCGCUCUGGAAGCAUUAAAGAAGAUAUGGUGGAGAUGAUGCUGAUGCAGAAUGCACAGAUGCAUCAAAUCAUCAUGCAGAACAUGAUGCUGAAGUCUCUCCCCCCAACGGCGUUUGCACAGCCUGCCAGACCCAGUUAUCCCCUGCUUCAGCACACACAGCAGGACCUGCAGAUCUCUGCUCCUGUGGCUGUGAAAGCAGAUCGUCCCUGGCUGUCUACAGUGCAUCACCACCACCACUACUCUCCCCCAAGGCUGCCCCUCCAUGCCAUGCCUGCUGGGUUCCUGAUGCCAGGUGAGGGACCGCCACCUGCAUCCUCAGCCCAAGGUUGGACCAGCAGCAUGCCCCCAGCUAUGCAGAUGUGGCCCAUGUACUGACAGCAUAAGUUCCUCUGAAGGUGGACAAUUGCAUCGCUGAGUUCAACCUAUAUUUGAGCUGUUCCUAAGUAAUCUAACUGACGGUCUGUGCAUCUGCAAAUUAUCUGUACAACAAAUGAGCACAGAAAGACUGGAGAUCCACAGAACAAAUCUACCACAUGCCUGUAGUCUGCUCACCCCUUUCUGCCAGUGCAAUUGUUUCUUCUCAUCUUCCAAACCCAGAGCAACAGCAGCACCACUCUUUUGCCCUCUUUCCAAAGAACCAAGACAUCUUGUCCCAAAGAGCCUCACAGUGGCCCUGGGGCAUGAAAUAAACAUAACACUAGUAUUGU